AUGGAACAAUUACAAACAGGUAAAGGAGUGCGAAGAAGAAGACUUCUGCAUGACUUCAGCGAUGAUGAGAACGUACAUGAUGAAAUACUAAAAGAAAUUGAGUCUGAAGCAAAACCUCAAGAGACCCUGCCAACACAACCACAAAAUCAACAACCACAGAGAAUACGAUCUCAGCAAUACCAGGAAAGACAAUAUCACAAGAAACCAAAACACCACCAUCGAUCUAACGAAUAUGAACUCCCCCAAGAAUCAAAAUCAAAACGUGACCUCCUCCAUCAAAAAUCAUCAGAGCCUUAUAAAUCAAUCAAUUGGGAAACAGAACAAUUCAACAAAGCAAACCAACUAUCCCUCCAAACCGAAGAUAAAAUCUUACACGAGGAUGCUGAUCAAGCUGAAUAUGAAUUCGUGUUUGAUGAAUCUCAAUUUGUGAACUAUGAAGAAGAUGAUGAUGAAGUCUUACCUGGUGAUGAAUUGGCACAAUCUACCAUCGAGACGAAAUUGAAUGAUAUUGAAAAAGUGAGGAAAAGUUUACCGGUAUUUUCAUACCGUCAAGAAUUUCUUGAUAUUUUGGAAAAGAACCAAGUGUUGAUCGUUGUCGGAGAAACUGGAUCAGGGAAGACUACUCAAUUACCACAAUAUCUAUACGAAGCUGGAUAUUGUCAGGAUAAUAAAAUGGUGGCAUGUACACAACCUCGUCGAGUCGCCGCCACCUCGAUUGCGAAUCGGGUUUCAUAUGAAAUGAAUGUGA